CAGCGUAUAAAUAAGGCAAGACCUGCUCCCUUUAGUAUAGACCAGCUCUAGCUUUCUAGAGGACACGACCAGAAAGAAGAAACGCUUUUAAUAGCCUUCUUUCAGAAAAGCGACCGAGAGAAAAUUCGAGGAAGAAUCUUAACGCGAUCAGCUUGAUCAGAGUAACUUUCGAGUGCAGCAAGUUUGUGUAGAAAUCUUUCUGCCUUGUCCGAGUUCAGGCGCACAUAGAGAAAAAAUGUUUUCCAGAGUUCAGUCCGCUCAGGUGCUUGUCACCCUGAUGAUGCUGCUUCCCUUGGUAACUGCAGAGGUGUGCAGUGGAAAGUGUGAUUGUCCUGAAAACCCGCCGGAGUGCCCAGCUGGAGUCAGUCUGGUAAGGGAUGGAUGCGGAUGCUGUAAAGUGUGUGCCAAGCAGUUGGGUGAGAUCUGCACUGAGCAGGACACCUGUGAUCACCACAAGGGACUCUUCUGUGACUUUGGCUCACCCGUCGUCAGAAAAAUAGGGGUGUGCACAGCUAAGGAUGGUGCUCCUUGCAUAUUUGGAGGAAUGGUCUAUAGAAGCGGAGAAACAUUCCAAAGCAGCUGCAAAUACCAAUGCACUUGCCUUGAUGGAGCAAUUGGCUGUGUGCCUCGUUGUAGUGUAGAUGUGCGUCUUCCUAGCCCUGACUGCCCCUUCCCACGAAAAGUCAAGGUCCCUGGCAAGUGCUGUGAGGAGUGGGUCUGUGAUCAGCCCAGACAACACACUAUGGUUGGACCAGCCCUUGCUGCAUACAGACAAGAGGAGACGUAUGGUCCUGAUCCAUCAUUGAUGCGAGCCAACUGUCUGGUACAGACCACUGAAUGGAGUGCCUGUUCAACAACCUGCGGCAUGGGUGUAUCUACAAGGGUAACCAAUGACAACAGAGAAUGUAGACUGGAAAAAGAGACACGACUGUGCAUUGUUAGGCCAUGUGAAGCACAUCUGGAGGAAAACAUUAAGAAGGGUAAAAGGUGUAUUCGCACCCCAAAGAUUUCCAAACCAAUGAAGUUUGAACUCUCUGGUUGUACAACUACCAAAACCUACAGGCCCAAGUUCUGUGGCGUCUGCACCGAUGGUCGUUGCUGCACCCCUUACAGAACUGCCACCCUUCCCGUAGAGUUCAAGUGCCCCGAUGGAGAACUCCUAAAGAAGAAUAUGAUGUUCAUUAAAACAUGUGCCUGUCACUACAACUGUCCUGGUGAGAAUGACAUCUUCCAGUCAAUGUACUACAAGAAAAUGCACGGAGACAUGGCAUAAAAAUGUGAACUGCAACAGACUUGAACUGAAACCUUCUUUGCACUUUGUCUGCAGAGAUAAAUUAGCACAUGUUACUUAUGUUUCUUAAGAGAUGUAACUAAGAGCAGUGCCUUCUGACCCCAAGCAGUGGCUUGAAGAAUGAAGACGGAAAGGCAGUGGAACACUUCACAGCAUUUAAGUGGUCAUAUUUUAUGAUAACUGGUGUAUAAUGUCCAGGCAUAACUUAUGUCCAACUUUGAGCCUACCUUUACUGUGGUGAAGUCUUCCAGUUGUAAAGGUGCUGAAAGCUCUGAACUCUUAGCACAGGUGGUAGAAGUGUGAUGUUACCAAGUGCCACUGAAAUGUGCCCCUUAGCCAGGGGGGUGCUGCAUGAAUGUGUUCAUAGCCAAGACAGCACUAUAAACAUACUGACUUUUAACAGUGUGACUUUGCUAGCCUUAUUUUGUUCUCUGAAAGAAGGGAUCAAAAUUAGGUUAAAUUAAAGAAGACUGGAUAUCUUGCCAAGGCCAUUUUGCCUGUGGCAUGCUUUUGUGUAUGUGUAUAUGUGUAUUUAUAAUUAUUGUAUAUAUUUGUAAAUGUAUCUAAGUUAAUUUAAAUGUGUGCCUUUUUCAUUUUAUUACUUUGAUACUUGGAUUUUAGCUUAUUUGAAACCUAACUGCUCCUUGAACAGUCCUUUUUGUAUUGUCUUUUGAGAAGUGUGACCAAAAGUUACAUGUUUGCACUUACUAGACGAAAUAAAGUAUUAUAUUUUUUA